CGGGGGACCUCAGGACCAGCCCUCUCCAGGGACCCCUUUGUUCGCAGCCCAGACGCCGACACCUCCGCAUCCCCAAGGGCUUGACUGGCUGCACCGGCUCUGCGCCCCGGGCAGAGCUCGGAACAGGAGAAGGGAGGGGGCGCCACAGCCUGCUGGGCCCUCCAGCCACCCACCCCUCCCGACAUGUCGCGCUCCUUCUAUGUCGACUCGCUCAUCAUCAAGGACUCCUCGCGACCCGCGCCCUCGCUGCCCGAACCGCACCCCGGGCCAGAUUUCUUCAUCCCGCUGGGCAUGCCGUCCCCGUUGGUGAUGUCCAUGUCCGGGCCCGGCUGCGCGUCCCGCAAGAGCGGCGCGUUCUGCGUGUGCCCGCUCUGCGUCACUUCGCACCUGCACUCCUCUCGGGGGCCGGCGGGCUCCGGGGGCGGGGGCGCAGGGACAGGGAGUACCGGGGCCGGCGGCGGCGGGGCGGCGGGGGGCUCCGGGGCCUUGCCCCUGCUCAAGAGUCAGUUCUCUUCGGGUCCUGGGGACGCGCAGUUUUGCCCGCGCGUGAGCCACUCGCACCAUCACCACCACCCGCCGCAGCACCACCAUCACCACCACCAACCCCAACAGCCCGGCUCGGCGGCGGCGGCGGCUGCCGCGGCAGCAGCGGCAGCGGCCGCAGCGGCCUUGGGGCACACGCAGCACCACGCACCUGUCUGCGCCGCCACCACCUACAACGUGGCGGACCCGCGGAGAUUCCACUGCCUCACCAUGGGGGGCUCGGACGUCAGCCAGGUACCCAAUGGCAAGAGGAUGAGGACGGCCUUCACUAGCACGCAGCUCCUGGAGCUGGAGCGGGAAUUCUCUUCCAACAUGUAUCUGUCUCGACUCCGGAGGAUCGAAAUCGCCACGUACCUGAACCUGUCGGAGAAGCAGGUGAAGAUCUGGUUCCAGAACCGCCGGGUAAAGCAUAAGAAGGAAGGGAAGGGCACGCAGAGGAACAGUCACGCGGGCUGCAAGUGCGUCGGCAGCCAAGCGCACUACGCGCGCUCCGAGGACGAGGACUCCCUGUCGCCGGCCUCGGCCACCGAGGACAAGGAGAUUUCCCCCUUGUGAGGGAGGGAGGGCCGCCUCCCUCUCAGCACCCGCUCCCGGGAGCCCCCGCAAAGCCGAUGCGGCAGGCACCCAGGGGUCAAAUACGCGCCCGCUCCGUGGU